CUCUCUCAUUUUGUCUGGUGCACCCGUAGACACACAAACUCAGCUUUGUACCCUCAUCCAACCCUCUGCAGCCCGAGAGACGCACACACACACACACACACACACACACACACUGACGGACGGACGCAGCCGAACCAGACUGAUCCGACCGGAGGAUCUCUGAACUACUCCACAGAUGGGGCCUGGAUUGUUUUGGAGCUUCCCUCCCACGGCCGGCUGCACGGUUCCUCAGAGCCUCCUGCAGACCAUGUUGCUGACCAGGAUGGCGGGGAUAAAGGAGCAGCAGUUCACCGAGGAGAAGCCCCUGCUGCCGGAGCAGAGAGGAGCGGACUCGGACAUGCAGGAUAAAGGAGACGAGGCGUCGGGGGGGCCCCCCUGUCCCGCCAGCCCCGCCGGCCCCGCGCCCCUUAACCACCCCUCUCCCCCCAGCCGCCCCACUCACCGCUGGCAUGUCAUCGCACGGCACUGGCUCCGCCAGACCCGCCGUCGGACCAGCGGGGUCCUGCCGGACAACUGUGAGCAGCUGAUGCCUGCGGGGGAUUGGAAGGAACAUGAUGUCGAGACUCCUUAUGGGAUGCUGCACGUGGUUAUCCGCGGGGCGCCCAAAGGGAACAAGCCCGCCAUCCUCACCUACCACGACGUGGGACUGAACCACAAACUGUGCUUCAACUCGUUCUUCAACAACGAGGACAUGCAGGAGAUCACCAAGCACUUCGUGGUCUGUCACGUCGACGCCCCGGGGCAGCAGGUCGGAGCCUCUCAGAUGCCACAGGGGUACCAGUAUCCCACCAUGGACCAGCUGGCCGGGAUGUUGCCCACCGUGGUGCAGCACUUUGGAUUCAAGAGCAUCGUCGGGAUCGGCGUCGGAGCCGGAGCGUACAUCCUGGCCAAGUUCGCCCUGAUCUUCCCGGACCUGGUGGAGGGUUUGGUUCUGCUCAACAUCGACCCCAACGGCAAAGGAUGGAUCGACUGGGCGGCCACCAAGUUGUCAGGUCUGACCAGUGCCCUGCCAGAUACUGUGCUGCCUCAUCUGUUCAGUCAGGAGGAGCUGAUGAACAACACAGAGUUGGUGCAGAGCUACCGACAACAGAUCAACAACACCGUCAACCAGUUCAACCUGCAGCUCUUCUGGAACAUGUACAACAGUCGCAGGGACCUGGAGAUGAACCGCAGUGGGACGGUGCUCAACGCCAAGACCCUGAAGUGUCCCGUGAUGCUGGUGGUGGGGGACAACGCUCCUGCUGAGGAGGGAGUGGUCGAGUGCAACUCCAAACUGGAUCCGACCAACACCACCUUCCUGAAGAUGGCCGACUCCGGUGGACUCCCCCAGCUCACGCAGCCCGGCAAGUUGACUGAAGCCUUCAAGUAUUUCCUGCAGGGAAUGGGCUACAUCGCUUAUGUGAAGGAUCGGAGGUUGAGUGGAGGUCCAGUGCCCUCGGCCAGUAUGACCCGCCUGGCCCGAUCCAGGACGGCCUCCCUGACCAGCGCCAGCUCCAUGGACGGAUCCCGCUCCCGGGCCUGCACCCACUCCGACAGCACGGAGGGGGUCGGCGCAGUCGCCCACACCAUGGAGGUGUCCUGCUAAAGAGCCAUAGGAAAGAGGGAGGGGGCUAAAGGGAUGGAGAGAGAGAAAGAGGAUGACGGCGACGAAGAGAUGGAGAUCGGGGAGGGUUUUUAACAAAAAAAGGUGAAGGAGACAGAAGUGAAGUUCAUAACUGAGGUGAAGAUGACUCUCUCUGUCUGCCAUCUUCUCCCCCCCACUGUAAAAUAUCAUAUGUAUUGCUACUAAAAAAACAUCCUCACCUUAUCACCCUCGUCGCCCAACACUUAAAGAUUUAGGCAACUGUUUUUCUUCUUGAAGUGUCAUUCUUGUGUUUGCUAAGUGUCUCCUCAUUCUUUGCCUGCGUCCUUUCUAACUCCCCUCCCCCUUUUUCCCUCCCCACCCCCCCCAACCCCACAAAAAACAAAACAAGGAAAGUGAUUCUGUCUGUGAACAAUCCACACAGCAAUAUGUGACAAAGAGCUACUGUCAAUAAUGUGAAAUGAGAAGGUGAAAGUGCAGGAUAUGGGAAGGGAAUAUAUUUUUAGGGGUUGGCAAAGAAAGAAGAGUUACGCAUCAGUAUUUUGAAAGCAAUAUGUUUUGUUGUUGUUGUUGUUGUUGUUGUUGUUGUUGUUGUUGUACAGAAGUGUGAGUAUCUCUCUCUGUGUUGUGCCCAUUUCUCUCUGUGACAAGUGAGAAUCAGAGAGGGGGUGUGUCCAGGAUUUGACAGACAGCAGAGCGCAGCGUAUCGUAGUCCAGUGCACCUGUAGUGCUUAGAGGAGAUGUAUUAGCCUGCAUAGCUAGAGCACACCUCACUGGUUUAGAACUGCACUCAGUGAGAUUUCAUGUCCGAAACUAGCGAGAAUGCAAAAGCGUGGUGUCGUCAGCAUAGGAGGAAUUUGGGAGUUUUAGGAACUUCCACACGACAGCGUUGUGGGGCUGAAGCUAAGGAGCAGCACGGUGGGCUAGUUGUUGACAGAUGGAUCUAUAGAGUCAUCAUUAAUGCUUUUGCCAGCUUUAAAAAACUUACUUUGAAAAUUAAUUUAGCUGCUAAGCUAACACAAUUUUGUUUUACCUAUUUUUCUGAGCACAAUGCACAAAUGUAGAUCCAAUUUGUUUGAAUCACCUUGAUUUUGAGCAAAAUGACAAUCUGUAAACUAAUGGAGUCCAUCUAUUGUUUAGCAUAAAGCUAACUUUAUAAAUAUGCUGUCUAAUGUAACCAAUGCAGCAGCAAAGUAAUUAAUUAUCCUGAACGUUAACAACCCAGAGGCAGAACUGAACUUGUGUUUCCAGACUUUAAUCACUGUCCUAUAAUCAGUGUUUGUGAAAUCACGUGAGCAUGACCAUGUCCAUAUUUUCAAAAUUAAUUUAACUGAUUAACAAAAGACUGAAACUGCAAUAAUAUAUUGUGGGUAACACCUUGUACAGAGCGUGACAGAUGCCACCAGUUUACAAAUUAUCUACGUUCAAAUGUUAAAAUUACUGGAUCAUCAGAACAAUGUCGCUGAGUGCAGCUUUAAACCUUUGUGUCAUCCCACACGUUUCUUAGAAAGUCCACUACAUGAAUAUAGGCUAGAAUAAUUAUUGAUUAAUAUGCAUGUGGAUGUUAUCACGGGACAUUUUAGUAUCUGAGUAGUAGCAACUAGCGAGACACAUAUUUUCCAUUAGCAGCUUAAAUGUGACAUAGUUAAAGUAAAAACCCAGCCGAGGAUGAAACCGCCAUCAUCCGUCUGUCGGGCCGCGUUCAGACAGAAGUCUGCGUCGGUGGAGGUGCGUUGAUUUAUGUACCUGCAGCAAAGCUGAACCAGUUUCAAUAACUCCACCCUCCCUCCCCAAUUGAAAUGACUUAGCACAUGUAUAUAUCUGUGUGAACGCGGCCUUACUCCAGUGCGUGGAUGUGGUUCUGGCCGUAGUCGGCUCUUUGUGGUCUCUAACGUGACAAUCACACUCUGACCCGAACCAAACCGGACCAGGGGGACCGAGGUCAGAACCCGGGGUGAGCCGACAAGCCCCUUCCCUUACAGCGCCUGGCCCCCACCACCUCUCCGUGGAUAAACCAAAGCUACCACCCACGUGAUACAAAGUAUAACACACAUUUUCACCUUUACGCUCUCAUAUAAGUUGCGAGGGCUCAGCUUGGAAAGGGAACUACUCCAAAGACGAGACAUCGAAGAGACAAAUAAAUAGAAUUCACUCUCAAGUAGGACCUGCUGUGUUUAGUGCGUGUGUGUGUGUGUGUGUGUGUGUGUGUGUGUUUUGAUGUGCUGUGUAACCGUAGUCUCACCAGUACCGUACGUGUGUGUAGUUUUAGACUAGUGACGCUGCGUUGCCGUCGUCUGCUGCGAUACUGGACCACCUCGUCCGUGUUCAGGUUCCCCCCAGGUCAUGAACCACAUGGUCUCAUUCAACUUUUAGAAAACGUUCCCCCUUUGAUCCCCCUGUCAGAAGGGGGCGGAGCUUCCUAACCGCUGAGGUGCGCGCUUCCUCGAGGCGGCCUGUAAGGGGCGGGGCUUUUUUGGAGCCAUUUGGGCCCCAAGCUCAGAAUGUAGGGCAACCCCCCCCCCCCCCCCUCCCCCCUGCGCAGCCAUCUGAACUACCCCACCCCCUUCCCAAAUGUCAAAAUAAAAUAUUAAAAAUGACAACAAAAAAACGUAAUCACUCGGUGCCCCGGCCCUCACAGGCCUCGCCCGGCCGCCACCCUAAAGGGCUAUCAGCUGACGUCACUUUUUGAAGUACUGCUGGUGCUUCUGUGCACCAGGGGGCCCAGAGGAUGUCACACGUGCACAGAGAGAGAGUCUGACUCGGUGAACGAAUGAAUGUCAAAGAGAAAGAAUGUGAUUCGUUUGGUUUGCGGCCGAGAGAAACGGAGCGCGAGGACGAGAGGAAACUGGUCCGGUUUAAAAACACAACCUCAAGUCAUUCCACCAGUUCACGGACGCCGGAGUUUGGGCGUGUAGCGACGUCUUGUGCACGAGAAUCUUUCAGUGUUUCGUUUUCUGCCGUCUACACUUUUUCUUUGGUUUCCUCCAACACUGCCUCUAUUUUACUUUCCUUUUUAGACGUUGACUCUGCCUGGUGGGGGGCUCCUGAAUGUAUUCUGCCCCCCCCCCCCCUCUGAAGUGCUGUACAGUAUUGUCGACCUCAUCCUCACUUUGGUUUGUGAUUAUAACCCCUUGGUCUAACACGUCUUUGACCUUUGACCCUGCUCCUCCCCUAAAGGUCUACAAGUAGUGAAGUUCAGUAGCGUUUGAUCCUGAAAGUGCGCGCCGCCUGUAGAGACGUCUCCGGAUCAGUCAGUGUAAGACCCCCGUGCCCCUCGCACCUGUAGAUACUUAUUCAUUUCUAGAAAAGCGAAAAACGCUUGUUAGCGUUUUUGUGAAGGUCGACAUGAUUCUUGUUCUUCUUCCCUCCAGAUGUUUCUUCUCGUUGUUUUUCUAGGCGAACAUAGGACGUUAACCUCAUCUUGGUAUAAUGAUGUUGAUCACGUGUACUGCUACUGUUCUCCUUCGUACUAACGUUAUGACUUCGAUUUGUAUAGAGCAAUAAGUUCUGUUUUCAUUUCCUUCUUCUCGUCUGGCUUGUUUCAUAUUCGGGGGGAGUUUUCCACCUACGGGCUUGUUUCCGUUCACGGAAGUGGACGGACUCUUAACUGCUUUGUUGUACCGUUCAGUUUAAAUAUAUUAUAUAAAUAUGAUUACAUAUACCAAGUAAAACUGUCUCUGUCAAUGUACUGAUCAAGUAACAAAUAAGAAAUAAAGACUUGGUGUCAGAAUUCCAGGA